UUUCGUAUAUCAUUUCGCAUUUGACUUUCCCAAAGAACACGUUGGACCGAUAUAAACAUUCGAUUAAUAAUUUUUCUUGUUAUUAGAACUUGUGGAACAAUAGAUCAUAAAAAUGUUGAAGAUCUUCGGAUCCAUUUUGAUUCUCUGCGUAGCAACAACAUUGACUUAUCCUACGGUCUUAACAAAACCAAAUGAAGAUGUCAUGUUAAUAAGAUUGAAUAGAGCUGCUGAUUUUCACUCUACUUAUGGACAUGGACACGAACGCCAUCACGACAGCAGACCUCAUGGUUAUCAUCAUGGUCAUUAUCAUGAUCAUUAUCAUGGACAUCAUCAUGGGCAUGAAAGUGAACAUUACAGUGGAUAUCGUAGUGGUUAUGGCAAAUAGGCUGCAAACGUUUAGUACAUAACUCAUGCACAAAAAUGCAACUACAAAUAUUUUUUAAAUAUGUGGAAUAAUUUGUCGAAUAUAUAAAUUUUGUUCCAUAGAAUAUUCUUUUCAAGUAAAACAAAAACUAAACGGCAACUAAUAUUGUAUGGAUUUAAAAUAAUCGCUGAUUUAUAAUAAUAACUAUACUUGAUAUUGUUCAUAAUUAUAAGUAAAAUAAAAUAUAAUAUUUCUGGCAUAC